CACUCCAAAAUCUCCCAAGCACAUUUUCUUGUUCCGAGCCACCGAGCCCAAAUCACCCGCCCCCUCCUGACCUCCUCCGCUCCCAAUCCCACCCACCGCGAUGGCCCGCACGAAGCAGACGGCGCGCAAGUCCACCGGCGGCAAGGCGCCGAGGAAGCAGCUGGCGACGAAGGCGGCGCGGAAGUCGGCACCGGCGACCGGCGGCGUGAAGAAGCCGCACCGCUUCCGCCCGGGCACCGUGGCGCUGCGCGAGAUCCGCAAGUACCAGAAGAGCACGGAGCUGCUCAUCCGCAAGCUCCCGUUCCAGCGCCUGGUCCGCGAGAUCGCGCAGGACUUCAAGACCGACCUCCGGUUCCAGUCCUCCGCCGUCGCCGCGCUGCAGGAGGCCGCCGAGGCCUACCUCGUCGGGCUCUUCGAGGACACCAACCUCUGCGCCAUCCACGCCAAGCGCGUCACCAUCAUGCCCAAGGACAUCCAGCUCGCCCGCCGCAUCCGUGGCGAGCGCGCUUAGGUGCUUCGCUCGCCACGCUUCGUUCUAUCUGCUGCAUAGGUGUUUAGGCUCUGUUCUCGUCAUGUUCUAGCCUUCUACGCGUGCGUUGUUGUUCUUAAGAUUCUAGUUUCGUCCUGUGUGUUGGUGCUAUCAAUGAAAUAUGGCUGCCUGUUUGAGAGAAAUGCAGUGAUCUAUGAUUCUCUUAACCUUAUUACUGAUGAUGAUGGUUUU